CUGGAGCCUGGCGCCAUGCUCGUUCUCUUUCGUCUGUCGUCUCCUUUUCUUCCUCGUCUCGCCUCGUAGUUAUUCAGGAAUUCAUCCCCAUUGACUUUCUGUACAGAUCGGUGCUGAACGAGUGUCGCCAUGUCUUCAUCCACCUCCUCGAGUGAAUCUCCCAAGCAGAGCAAGAGAGCAAGGAAGCAGCAGAAGAAGUCGAAUGGCACAGCUACGAGUACGUGGGAGAAACCAGCCAAGGUUCUGUUAGCAGAUACCAUCGGACAAGCAUUGCACGAGCGUCUCCUCUCGUUUGGGGACCGUUACCACCAGCAUCAGCAUCAGCAUCAGCAUCAGCAUCAGCAUCAGCAUCAGCAUCAGCAUCAGCAUCAGCAUCAGCACCAGCACCCUCAUCAGCCAUCAUUGCCAACCCAUCACAACAACUGGCACCAGGUCAACCAGCAACUCCUCUCCACCACCACUCCCCACCUCACCGUCCCUCAGAUCCCCCGCUCCAGCACGAGCAGCAGCAGCAACAUCUCGCGCAAAUCCUCGACCAUGACGCUAUCCUCCUACGACGGCCAAAGCAUGGCCUCCAGCCGCACCAGCCACGACACUAGCCCUAGCCCAGGGACCAGCAAGCCCUCCCACUCCACCGCAUCCCUCCACAGCGAACCCCAACCCAACCGGAUCAUCACCCUCAACCCGCCGUGCAACACGGCCACAAUCGAGCCACUGAUCUCGCGCCACAGCCAAGUCUCGCACAUGGGCGUGCUCGACCCCAGCUACAGCCUGUUCGUGAACACGACCCGCACAGCCCUGCUGUGCUUCAAAGUGUGCAACAAAGUGGCCAUCGUGUCGGGAGACCCGAUGUGCGCGGUCGAGGAGUUCGGCGCCGUGCUCACGGAGUUCCAGACCUGGCGCCAACGCCACCGUCUGGGACUCGCCUUCAUGGGGACGAGCGAGCGCAUGGUCGAGUACGCCCAGCACCAGCACCAGCACCAGCACCAGCACCAGCACCACCAAGCCCCGACGACGAGCUGGACGAUCCUCGAAUUCGGGCGCGAGCGCGUGCUCAACCCAACGACCAACCCCAUCCUCCUCGAACAGGAAGGCAAACGCAUCCUCCUGCAAAACAAGCAGCUCCUCCACCCGGACAAAGGGGGAAUAACCCUAGACAUCUACGUCGCCCCGCCCAGCCCCACAGCAACCACAGAAGCAGACCAAACGCUCCAAACCCAGCUGUCCGAGAUCUACACAACCUGGUGCCACCACCGCAACAACCACCCCGACAAACAAAAACAUCCCCAAUCCCAAGCCUUCAUCACCACCUACACCCCCUUCACCCAGACUCAACCCCAACCCCAGGCUCCGAUGCUCUACAUCUACACCCGCUCCCCAACCACAGGCAGCCCAACCUCCCUCGCCGCCCUCCGCGCCCUCGGCACCACGCCCGGCUACCACCUCGACCCCUGCAUCGCCGCCCCCGGCACCCCCAAGGGCCUCUCGGACUUACUCGUCUUCGCCGCGAUGGCGCUCCUCCGGCGGCUGGGGUGCCGCUACCUCGGUCUGGGGCUCGAGCCGUACGCGCAGCUGGGCCGGGUGGAGGGGGUCGCCAGUCCGCUGGUCGAGAAACUGGUCCGCGCGGCGUAUCGGUUCGCGUUCGCGCGGUUGCCGGUGCAGGGGAAGCGGGCGUAUCAUGAUAAGUUCCGGCCGGAUGCGGGGCUGGAGCGCGGGGUGUUUUUGGUGUUUGUCGGGGAGGGGGGACACUCUGGGGGACGGUGGGGGAGCGGGAAAGGGACUGCGAAUGGUGCAAGGGCAGGCACGCCCGAGGUGAGGCAGGUGGUUGGGGUGGCGCAUUUGGCGAAUAUACGGAUUCGGCGGGUGGUUUGGGGGUGA